AUGUGGUUUCCUCUUGCGAUCUCUGUAGCAGUGGUUGUGCUCGUUCAGCCUGCUUUAAGCCAAUACUUUCCCCCUACACCUGAGGAUCUCCGCACAGUCUCGCUAAAAAAUGGGUUGUCAAUAUCAUAUAAACAGACGACUAUCUGUGAAGCCACCCCAGGUGUCAGAGCAUACGCUGGAUAUGUUCAUCUACCCCCUGGGACGCUCGAAGACGUAGGGGUUUACCAGAACUAUUCAAUCAAUACUUUCUUCUGGUUUUUCGAGGCCCGUGAAGAUCCUAUAAACGCUCCAAUAGCCAUAUUUCUCAAUGGUGGCCCUGGAUCAUCUAGCAUGUUUGGUUUGUUUCAGGAGAAUGGGCCCUGCACCGUUAACCAUGAUUCCAAUUCAACAACUCUCAACCCAUGGUCCUGGAAUCGAAACGUUAACAUGCUAUACGUCGACCAGCCUGUUCAGACGGGGUUCAGUUACGACAAGCUCGUGAAUGUAACUGUUGAACUUGUUUCGGGAAACAUCAUGGUCAAAGAUUUUUCAAACGGUGUGCCAGUUCAAAACAAUACAUUCUGGGUUGGGUCAUAUCCCAGCCAGAUUCCUCAGAACACCGCCAACAACACUUUGAAUGCUGCUCGCGCUUUCUGGCACUUUUCCCAAGCUUGGUUUCAGGGCUUUCCCCAAUAUAAACCGACAAAUAGCAAGAUCAGUAUUUGGGCAGAGUCGUAUGGGGGGAAGUACGGUCCAAGCUUUGCUCGAUUUUUACUAGAACAAAACCGGAAGAUCGAAGAAGGUACCAUCGGCCACGAGGAUGGCAAGAUGGUCAUUCAUAUCGACACGCUUGGCAUAAUCAGUGGCUGUAUCGACAUUUUUUCGCAGAUUUUGACGUAUCCCGAAUUCACGCGCAACAACACAUAUGGCAUCGAAGCUGUCAAUAAUUCUACUUACGAGGCUAUGAUAGACACUUACCACAAAUCAGGUGGAUGUGCGGAGCAAUUACAACACUGCCGCAGGCUAACAUAUGAGGGAGAUCUAACUCAUGAUGGCAGCAACGCCACGGUGAACGAAGCUUGCCGCAAUGCAUCCCAAGCUUGCGUUGGAGUUGAGGAACCGUAUUCAAGCACAAGUGGCAGGGGCUACUAUGAUAUCGCGCAUCCUCGGGCUGAUCCCUUCCCGCCUCCUUUUUUCCAAGGCUAUCUCAACAGGCCACAUGUGCAAGCUGAUCUUGGUGUGCCUCUCAACUUUACAAGUGGCUCUCUGGCCGUCUACCGCGCGUUCAAUACAACUGGAGAUUAUGUCAGCCCUGGCGCUCACGGAUAUACAAACGACAUCGGGUAUCUGUUAGAAUCAGGGGUGAACGUGGCAAUGAUUUAUGGAGACAGAGACUACUCUUGCAACUGGGUGGGAGGGGAGAACACUAGUCUUUCCAUUAAAUACAGCAAUUCUUCUCGGUUUCGGGCAGCUGGUUAUAGUGAUAUUAGAACGAACUCUUCUUACGUCGGUGGGCAAGUCCGUCAAUACGGAAGCUUUUCCUUUAGUAGGGUAUACCAAGCUGGACACAUGGUUCCUGCAUACCAGCCUGAGACAGCCUUUGAAAUUUUCCGACGCGUCAUGUUCGACAUGGAUAUUGCAACUGGAAAGGUGAACACUAUGAUCGAUAAAGCUUAUUCUACCAAAGGUCAACGCACAACUUUCCAGAUAAAAAAUGAGCCGCCCCCAAUGCCCAAACCCACAUGUUAUAUCCUUGCCCCUAGCAGUUGUACAGACGAUCAGGUGGCUGUCGUCGUAAACGGGUCUGGUCUUAUCCUGGAUUACAUUCUCAUUGACGAAAAUACGAAACAUCUAUUUCCCGAUAUCAAAUUCCCCACUCCAUCAUCUGCUGGAAGCACACCAACCAGCACAGCAAAGAAGGCAACUGCUGCUCGAACUGAACUAGGCAACGGAUCCCUGAGUGUAUAUAUGGUUCUUCUGGUACUUUUCCUCCUAUUAGUAAAAUGA